GAGCCUUACUCCUCCAUCUCUCCUUCAUUAUGAAAAUCGGAACAUUCGAACAACGCUGAAAUGCCUGGAGCAGUUCCAGAAGCUGACCCCGAGACUUCCAUCUACUUCUUGAAGAGAAAUGACCUAUAUACCGAUGAGAAGCCAUAUUCACUGCGCUUCACACCGCCAGAUGACUUUCCACGAUCGAAUAUCGUCCUCGAGAAGCAUGAUGUUACGAUUCGCGAUAUCCGUCCUCGGUUGAAUGAUCUCUCUUUCGAGGAGAAUGGAUUCACAAUUAUGAGCCUUGACAGUAGCAUGAGCUACGAUGACUACGACGAUGAAGAGAAGCUUAUCAAUAUCUAUCUGCGAGAGGUUGCGGACAGCCUUCGCGCUUUCUUAGGAGCAGUGCAUGUGCAGAUUUUCGAGCAUACUGUGAGGAAGAGGCAUGCCGAGUUCCCCAUUUCAACCGGCAAGCCGUAUAGGUACAAUCAGCCGACGUCGAUGGCUCAUGUCGAUACUACGCCUGAAUGGGCACGAGACAUGGUCCAAAAGCUCAACCAGGACAACGCCGACACAAUCUUGAAAGACCGAGUGCAGUGUGUGAAUGUAUGGAAACCACUCAAGGGCCCAGUGAAAGAUUGGCCUCUGGCUAUGUGUGAUCCACGUUCGAUCAAGCCUGAAACGGACCUGGAGCCCUGUGACCUAGUCUAUCCGGAUUAUGUGGUCGAGAACCGCCAACUGUACUAUUCUCCGCGUCAUGAAUGGGUCUACCUUUCCGGCCAGCAGCCAUCCGAGGCGUGGGUGUUCUUGCAAUCAGAUACGACCGCAGAUGUGAAGUCGGUGCCGCAUACAGCAUUUCCAAAUCCCCUAGCAAACAAAGAUGCUGCUCCCCGGGAAAGUAUUGAGGUUCGUGCAUUGGUUUACUAUGGGGGAUUUGAUGGUGAAUAGGCAGUGCAAGUUUCGAUGAAGGAAUGAAUGCAGGCUCUUCCGGUGCUGGUCGGUACAAGUACACCUAUAUAUGACUAGAAUUCCAACCAAUCAUUUUACAACAUAGUGUCAGUCAAAUAUAGGUGGCGAAAGUGGGUCAAGGGAAAUUGGCUGUUUGCUAGCUGCCAUCAGUCUAGUACGCUAGACCGAGCUU